GCUCUCCUCCACCCGACAUCCACACAGCAGAGCGGAGCGGAGGCUGGCACCGCCAAAGCACCAGCAGCGGAACGACCCUUUGUGCUUCACCGACUGACGCGCAUCCUUCUGAGAGGGACCACCAUCACACAUCCAGGGGAAAACGCUCCGUGAAGCACAAUGGGACCGUUCCAAGAAUAUGAGCAGGAAAAGAAGUCACCGGAGAAAGGAAGCCCCCGCAGCCGCAUCCCACGUUUGGUCCUCCAUCCCUUCCGAGCAAAGGACAAAGGUUCACCUCUGUCUGAUUCACCUUUUUCAGAGGAGGAGGGGAAGGAGUGUGACGUCAGCUCCGACCACUCCAAAAGGACCAUCAGCACCAACAGCUUUUGCUCUGAUGACACCGGCUGCCCCACUAGUCAGUCUGUGUCCCCCUCCAAAACCCCGUCAGGCUCAGAGCAGAGUGCCCACGGCUCGCCCAUACUCCCCGAGCGCAAGACCAAAGUGAAGAGGGUGAGGGUGAUGGCCGAGUGGAGCAGCGAACCACGGAGCAACCCCAGGCACAAGAGGGAGAUGAGGUCGGCCAUGAAAACCAGAGGUAGCGAGGCAGACUUCAGCUCCUCCAGCAGCACAGGCAGCCUAAAGACCAGAGAGAGCCUCGGCUCUAUUUCAGCUGGAAAGAGAGCUCCUUUACGCAGGUUUAUGAGUCGCAGCACCCACAUCAGACCGCUCCCAGUGUUUAAACCAGCUGGGAGCCCUACAGCCAACCGCGAUGCAGAACUCUACGCUCCCUACAGGACUCCUCCCAGAGCUGCCUCCUCAACCAACAGCAGCAGCUGCAACUCCAGCCCCACUUCCAGAAGAGCGAACCUGGGCCGGUACCAUUCCUGUGGAGACAACCAUGGCAUCAGACCCCCGAAUCCUGAGCAGUAUCUCACCCCUCUUCAGCAGAAGGAAGUGGCCAUCAGACACCUGAAGACCAAGCUGAUGGAGUCUGAGAACAGGGUCCGUGACAGAGAGACAGAGGUUGAGGAGCUUAAGGCCCAGCUCGGCAGAAUGAGAGAGGACUGGAUUGAAGAGGAGUGUCACAGAGUGGAGGCCCAGCUGUCACUCAAAGAGGCUCGCAAAGAGAUCAAGCAGCUGCGCCAGGUGGUGGAAACAAUGAAGAGCAGCCUGAUGGAGAAGGAUAAGGGCAUACAGAAGUAUUUCAUUGACAUCAAUAUUCAAAACAGGAAGUUGGAGUCCCUGCUGCAAAGCAUGGAGCUUGCCCAGAGUGGCGCCAACCUCCAAGACGACAACACCUUGGACUUCAUGUGUGACAGCCCUGAUAGCGGUGGGAAGAAGAUGGUCGGGGAGGAAGAGGGUGGGAUGGAGCUGGGAACUCAAGGGGCGGAGGCAAUGGCAGACAGCGGGUUGCUGGUAAAUGAUGAGAUGGCCAACAGAGCGGACAUUUUAGAGCAGGUUUUUAUGUCCACUGCGGUGGAUUUUAGUCAGGACUCUAGUGGCAAGCUGGACAUAGAGAAUGGGCCUGGGGUGUCUGCACUGUCAGAGGAGGGACAGCUGAUUGAUAAAUCUCCUGUGCCCCCACCAGCUCCACCAGUUUCCACCACCAUCGACAUCUCCUCAAGCACGCCAUCCCAGCAGAACACAGAAGAUAAAGGAAUCCAGACCGACAUAAUGCCCAUGUCUCCAGACCUGCAGGUUCUGCUCCUCCAGCUGCUCAAGUUCCACGGGGCAACAGCGGGAGACACAGCUCUGUCAACCUCCAGCAGUCUUCUGGGUUUCCCAAACCCACCCACAUCCACGUCCACCACUGUUCCCAAUCUCCCUAACCCAACACCUCCCCCAUCCAGCAUGCCCGGUCCUGCUCCCCCAGAAAGCCCUGACACCUCCACUGAUUCUGGCAUGUAUUGCUCGGAACCUGCAGAGAAUCGCCGCUUCAUGGAGGAGCUGAAUUUUAGCGUCGGUGAGGAGGAACCUUGCUUGUCACCGGGACUGGAUGUGGUUGGCAAGCGUUACUGGAGCAACAGCUUCCUGGUGGAUCUGGUCGCAGUGGCAGCACCGGUGCUACCCACAGUGGCCUGGCUGUACUCGCGACACGGUGUUGACGGAAGCGCUCCAGUGUACAACAUCGCUGCUCUCAUCAGGGGCUGCUGCAUCAUGGGAUUGCACUCUCUUCGUCACGUUGCUCACAGGCCUGAUGCGUAAAGGCUUCCACCCUGCAUGCACACGCCUAACCUUGAACUAAAAGCACUUAAGCAUCUUUUCAAAAGUAUUUGUGAGAUGUGUUGCGUUUUUUUUUGUUAACACUUGAUAUAAAUGCAGUUAUUUUUGGUUCUGACACCAUUACUUUGCACUGUACAGUUACCAUGAGUUGAAGAAAAAUGGUGACGUGAGAGGGGUUAUUUGUAAAGGGGUUUAUUUAUGUAUUUAUUUACCAUUUACAUGUAUAAACGGAUCAUCUGGGUAGAUGGUUAUGUGUUAUCAUCGUCCUCUGGAGUCCCUAGUUGUCCUCAUGUUUAAAAAUGUUCUGUAUGUUCAGAUGAGAUUUCUCGGUGGUGAAAGAUUGAAUGUUAGUUUCUGUUGGACGGGAUUGAAAACGGUUUUGAGUUAUUGUUCAAAAGGAAACCUUAAACCUUCAGCCAAAGCUUUAAUGUGAAUUCACUGUUACGUUUUGUGAAAAAGUAUAUAUUUUUUCCUCCCUGGGAGUAGAGCUUUAUUCGGUACAGCCUGUGUAUUGUUCAUAGAAAUAAGUUGAUGCUUCAAAGCAACUGACACUUGUUAUGUGCCUGAGCUAUGUGCAAUACUGGUGGUUUACAUCCAAUGUCCUUGUAUCUUUAUUAUUAAAGCAUGUUAAAUUCUG